UUCGCAUGGGAAGGUGUACGCUCCUCUCGAACAGCAGGGCACGAGCGACUCUGAAUUCAGGUCGUGAGAGCGAGGAGUUCUAUGUCACAAACAGCGAAUAAUAGCUGUAAGAACUCAGUAUCAAACAUUCUGGAAUUAUACAUUUAAUUUCGCACGAGUGAAUUGUCACAAGUGUACGGAUAGACAUUGUGAAAAAUAUACAUCAUAGCCAGGUUUGACGAUUAACAUUAUUGACUUGUGACCAAAGCGAAUGACUUCUUUAUGCAACAUUACGGAAAAUCAGUGAGAACCGCGUUCGCACAAGAUUCUUGUAGUGUGAGUGAAGCCGUGUAUAAGCUGAUGAAUAUUGUGUGCUCGUAUUUUCAACUAAAGCUUCUGUGACAUCUAAUUGAAUCUAAUUCCGAAAAUCUAAUUGAAAGUAAUUGGUGUGCAAGCAUUGUCUGUACUCUUGAAGUUCCAUGGAUCUCAUUCUAAAGUGUGACUACUUUCUACCGUGUGAUGAUAGAUAGUGAGAUGAAAAAUGUAUUUACGGGUAACACGUUAUAAAGAGCAUCUGUGUGAUUAUUCGCAGCAUCACACCGCAUUGGUGGAAAAUUCAAAGGAAUGGUGAAAAAGAUUUGGUGUUGCGAGCAUUCCGACAGCGACUCACCCUCCGUAAAACCAUUACUGUAAAAAGUAACUGGCACAAGUCCCUCCCCGGGGACUGGCGUGAGACUGUGCUAUUGUUCCACUCGUGAGAAACGCACGUAGCGGAAUUGCUGGCACGACUCUUCCCAUACACUCGGAGACGAUUCGGAGGCUCGGCCCCAGCGCCAAGUUACGUCCCAUGAAAGUGGAAGUCGCAUUUCCACAAAGGUUCUAGCUUCAUGUGACAUGUGCCUGGUUCCUCACGGGCGGAAGUUGCUUUUUUGCUGAUUGAACAGUUGUCGAUGAAGACUCCGAAAGUGAGAUUAUUUGGUGAUUAAAUUGGUGUGAAAUCCUGUGGGAACUUGAGAGUAAUUUGCAGAAUAGGAGUGCUCUUUGUUCACCUACAUAUUUGUUCUGUGUAAACAAAGUGUUUGCACAUGAGUCAUUGUAGGCGCAGCCUUGUGUAGAAACAGUGAUGCCGGAAUUUCUAUUCACGUGACGGAGUGUAGCAGAGUGAUGGCGUCGGUGUGUAAAAGUAGUGUAGCGUUGCUGCUGGUGACACUGCUGAUUGCAGCAGCAACAGUUGUCUCGUCGUGCCCCCCUGUCUGUACUUGCAAAUGGAAGAAUGGCAAACAGGCCGUGGAAUGCAAGAACCAGGGCUUGGCAAGCCUUCCCGCCGAUGUGCACACCGACACGCAAGUUCUGGACAUGUCAGGAAACAAUCUACACACCCUUCCGAAGAGUGUGUUCUCGUGGGCGAGUCUCAUUAACCUGCAGAAGAUCUACCUACGAGACUGCAAGAUCAGUUUUGUGGAGCCCACAGCGUUCUUGCAGCUGACGAAUCUGGUAGAGCUGGAUCUAAGCGAAAAUUUGCUGACGGAAGUACCUGCACUCGCCUUCUCACACACGCCUGCCCUUAGAGAACUCCAUCUUAGAGGCAACAGAAUUCAUAAGAUUUUCAGGGACAGUUUCUCUCACACUCCGUCUCUCGUCCGCCUUGAUCUAAGUUAUGCUGGGGUUAGAAACAUCGCAGCUCCAGCCUUUGAAUCUUUAUCACUCCUGGAGAAGUUAAAGCUCCAGGGGAACCAGCUGUCUGAGCUUGCACCGGAAACUGUGAAGAGUCUAGAGCGUCUGCAUGGAAUCGAACUACAUGGUAAUCCCUGGAUGUGUGACUGUCGGGCCCUUCCGCUCUGGCGACUCCUGGAGGAACACGACGUGCCCCAUCCCGUCUCGCCAUCGUGUCACGCCCCGAGCCGGGUCGUGAGCAACACCUUCCACAGUCUGAGUGAGGAAGACUUC